AUGAGAGUCAUCUCCGUCCCGUUCGUUUUGCAUCUUCUAAUACGAGCCAGUGCUCUGCCUUCGGUUAACAGAGCUCUGAUUGAUGUGGACAUUUCGGGACAGGAAUCUGACAGGAUAGACGUGCUACCAUCUGAGGAGGUUCCGGAAGGCAUAGUCUACUCCGUGAGGCCUGGCUCCAAACACUCUCACAUUAUAGGUAAAGUCACUGAUGCUGGAGAGCUCAUAAUCGAUGGAUCCAAGGGCUACAUGACCAGAUUCGUCCAGGUUGUGCCCAGAGAAGACGGAGUCAAGUACGUGAAGGUGCUUACAAGAUACAGAGAUGGCACUAAAUAUUCAAACUGCAUUAGCGAGUUUUUGAAAAGGCCUGGAGAACUAAAGUAUAACGAGAUACGUAGACGUACCACGGACUUGGAUGUGAUGCUCCAAAAGGGCACAGAUACCAUAAAUGCAGAACUGGUGCUACCAUCAGAAGUAGCAAACGGAGAGAUUGAACAGGUCCUGGAAAACCUGGACCUCUGGCCCAUAAGGUUCACCAUUAAGGAAAACAUGCAGGACGAACUCGUGAUUGGAAAGGUCAGCUAUGGCAGUCAGUUGCUGGAGAGCGGAUUGCAAGGACUCAUCUACAGACAAGUCACCUGGGAAGGAGGGCUAAACAGUCCCCUAAUAACCAUAGAAUCGCGCUACGAGGAUGGUACUCUGGUGGAAAGGAGGUACAUUCUGGAAAGGGAGAGUCUUGCAUUAUGGAAUACCAGGAAGGAUGUCGUUAACACACUGCGAUGA